ACCCCGGAGCUGGGGCGGAGCGAUGUAAGGGGCGGGGCUCGGGACGGGGCGGGGCUCGCUCCGACCCGAACCUGGAGCUUUCCUCGCUCUUUCGGGCCGCCGCCUAUUCCCGGUGCUACGCAGGGCUUCUGUAGGCGCCGCGGGUCCCGAGCAUCGCCUUCCAGGCACAGGUUCCCCGAGAAACAAGGAACAUGGAGGAAUCUGCAAGCCAGUUGCAGCCACUGAGUGAGAAUCAAGUCGCCAACUCUGAGGGCGGAUAUGUAUGGCAGGUCACCGACAUGAGCCGGCUGCACCGCUUCUUGUGUUACGGUUCUGAAGGUGGCACCUACUAUAUCAAAGACCAGAAGCUGGGCCUUGAGAACGCUGAAGCCUUAAUUAGACUGAUUGAAGACGGCAGAGGAUGUGAAGUGAUCCAGGAAAUCAAGUCCUUCAGUCAGGAAGGCAGAACUGCCAAACCAGAGCCACUGCUGUUCGCACUGGCCAUCUGUUCCCAGUGUGCGGACAUCAACACAAAGCAGGCGGCAUUCAAAGCUGUCCCGGAAGUGUGCCGCAUUCCGACCCACCUCUUCACUUUUAUCCAGUUUAAGAAAGACCUGAAGGCCAGCAUGAAGUGUGGUAUGUGGGGCCGAGCUCUCCGGAAGGCCGUGGCCGACUGGUAUAAUGAAAAGGGCGGCAUGGCGGUGGCGCUGGCGGUUACAAAGUAUAAACAACGGAAUGGCUGGUCUCACAAAGAUCUCCUAAGACUGUCCCACCUUAAGCCUUCCAGUGAAGGACUUGCUAUUGUAACCAAAUAUAUCACCAAGGGCUGGAAAGAAGUUCAUGAACAGUAUAAAGAAAAAGCACUUUCUGUGGAAACAGAAAAACUACUAAAGUACCUGGAGGCUGUGGAGAAAGUGAAGCGGACAAAAGAUGACCUGGAAGUCAUUCAUCUCAUUGAAGAACAUCAGUUAGUUAGGGAACAUCUGCUGACAAACCACUUGAAAUCUAAAGAGGUAUGGAAGGCUUUGUUACAAGAAAUGCCCCUUACUGCACUUCUGAGGAACCUGGGGAAGAUGACUGCUAAUUCAGUGCUUGAACCAGGAAAUUCUGAAGUGUCUUUAGUAUGUGAAAAACUGAGCAAUGAAAAACUGCUUAAAAAGGCUCGUAUACAUCCAUUUCAUGUUUUAAUUGCAUUAGAGACCUACAGAACAGGCCACGGUCUCAGAGGAAAACUGAAGUGGAUUCCAGAUAAAGAAAUCUUGCAAGCAUUGGAUGCUGCUUUUUAUAAAACAUUUAAGACGGUUGAACCAACUGGGAAGCGCUUCUUGCUUGCGGUUGACGUCAGUGCCUCUAUGAACCAGAGGGUUUUGGGGAGUGUACUCAAUGCUAGUACUGUUGCCGCAGCAAUGUGUAUGGUGGUUACACGGACAGAAAAAGAGUCUUCGGUAGUUGCUUUUGCGUGUGAUAUGGUUCCAUUUCCAGUGACUGAAGACAUGACAUUACAGCAGGUUUUAACGGCUAUGAAUAAAGUUCCAGCAGGCAGCACGGAUUGCUCUCUUCCAAUGAUCUGGGCCCAGAAAACAGGCACAGCUGCAGACGUCUUCAUCGUAUUCACUGAUAAUGAGACCUUUGCAGGGCAGGUGCAUCCCGCUGUUGCCCUGAGGGAGUACCGAAAGAAAAUGGAUAUUCCUGCUAAGUUGAUUGUUUGUGGGAUGACAUCAAAUGGCUUCACCAUUGCAGACCCGGAUGAUAGAGGCAUGUUGGAUAUGUGUGGCUUUGAUACGGCGGCUUUGGAUGUAAUUCGGAAUUUCACAUUGGAUAUCAUUUAACCCUAAGUACCAGAAUGAUCUGAGAGGUGCACUGCUGUAGUGGAUUUCAUCGAAAAUACACGGCUACUUCCCAGCUAGACACAGUAGUGAGAAAUGUCAUCAGUAUGGACAUGAUAGAAAUGUGCUUUGGCAGAAACGGGAGAAGGAAGGAAGGAAGGAAACACAUGCUGAGCCCAAAGGUGCAGGAACUCAGCUAGCUCUUGAGAAGUCUUCAGGAGACUGUAGCUUUCUCUAUAGAGAACUUCUUUUUAACAGACACUGUAAAAUAGUGUUUUACGUCACUGAAUCACACCUUUGUACCAAAAGUGAGACACAAAGUGUAAGUAGCCUCACAUCAUGUCACUUGUUUGAGAAGUGCUUGUUUUCUUAAAUGUCUUCAUUGGAAAAGGACAGUUUUGAUAAUGUCCAAAUACUCUAAGGUGCACUAGACCAUGUGACUGUGAUGGAAAUAAACCUCACCUGGUAAAUUUUUAUACCAAGGGGUUUGGAAAAACAAAGACAUUGGGUUAAACUAAAUUAUGAAUGAAUUUUAAAAAUUCAGAAUUUUCUAAGAUCAUAUGAACAACAGCUUUCUUAUUCAUUGAAAAUGAUGUUUUCCUUCAGAUGUUUAAUUUGUACUUGAUAGAAUUUGUUAUCAUUUGGCCAAAACAUGGUGGAAAUCCCUAAGGGACUUGUUGAGUUUAUGUAGGCUGAGGAAUUUGCUUUGUAGCCUUGUGUUAGCUGAACAACAACAGUGUGUCAUACUUUCCUGGGUAUUUCACAUAUUUAAGUCCCCCCUCCAUAAUCCUGAUAGGAGAACAAUUAAAACUCUACUGUAAAGACAUAGGUUUUCUGCACUCCUAAAUUUUUCUAAUAUUAAGUUUGCUUGAAGUCUUUUUAAAAUAACUUUUUUUUUUUUUUUUUUUGGAUUUGGUUUUUUCGAGACAGGGUUUCUCUGUAUAGGCCUGGCUGUCCUGGAACUCACUCUGUAGGCCAGGCUGGCCUCGAACUCAGAAAUCCGCCUGCCUCUGCCUCCCAGAGUGCUGGGAUUACAGGCGUGUGCCACCACCACCCGGCUGCUUGAAGUAUUUUAUAUGUUUGUCCCCUAUUCAUUUUGUGUCUGAUUUCUUAUUUGAUAAGAGUACAGAAAUAACAAAGCAAACUGGAUCCUUUGAAUUCAAAGGCAGUUUUAGAGUAGCCAUAUCAACUAACCACUUUAUGUAGGAAAUUUAAGAACGUAUUUUGUACAAAUUAAUCUUCUUUUGCACCAUACUAAAAUACAUUCUUUUCUUGAGCAAUUACAUGUUUUCACUGGGAAGCUUAACAUGAGAAUGGCUUAUUGAAACACCUGUAGUUUUUCUCUUGAUUUAGUAAUGGUAUCUAAGGUAGUUUAUACUAAAACUCUAAUUUUUGUGUAUUACUCUUUAAAUAUUAAAGGUUUACUGGGGGUUUAUAAAGCCCUUUCAAAACUAGUAUGUGUAGGUUACAUAACUUUGUAAGUGUUUAGGGGGGUGAAGCUCUUUAUUUGGGAGAGAAAUGGGCUUUGCUAGUGUGGGGAUUUGUGUACAUAUUUUCUUUUUCCUAAGAAAUUUAGUCUCAGAGAAUAAGAAAAUUUUCCCUUCAGAUGAUUUGACAUUAAUGAAGUUUAUAUGUAGCCAUUCCUCCAAGACAGCAACAAAUUUUCAGUGUUAUUAGCAAAGAUAGUAUCAGCUUCAGUUCUAAACACCAUUGCUUAUGAUGCUGUUCUGGCUUGACCACUGUCACAUCUUAACUAAUUCUGAUACAUUAAAGUUUCAUAUUCAAAUUGAAUUUAAGGUUAAAAACCGUAGUAAUUACAUGACAGCUAUUGAAUUCUUUAAACCCAGAAUCUAAGUUUUAAUAUGAUAUAACUUAUUAUGAGAUUUACAUGGAAUAUUAUAUAAAAGCUUAUUUCUUUUUUUUUUCUAUGCUACUUAAUUCUUUUAGGCAAGCAGAAUAUCUCUAGGAGCUAAUAUUUAACCCAUCAGGGAAAUAAGGGCCACCUACCCAUGACCCUUCUACAUUAUUUAGAUAGACCUACUUAAAUAGAUUAAAAUUGCAGACAGAGGCCAAGUGUGGUGAUGCAUGCCUUUAUUCCUGGGGAAAUGGGCAGGUAGACCUCUUAAGUUAGAGGCCAGUCUGCUCUACAUAGUGAAUUCCAGACCAGUCAGGGAUAUGUAGUGAGACCCUGUCUCCAAACAGAAAAAGGGUUUAAGAGAAAGAAAAAAAAAAGUCUCCACAGAAAGAACUUUAAUCUUCAAAUCAUAAAACAUCAGAGUAGAAAGAAAACUUAGAAAAAAAAUUGUAUUUGGUUGAUAACCAGAAACCAGCCUGGAUCUUCUGGAUGUUUAUGUGUUGGUUAUUUUGUCUUGUGUUGUGGCAGAAUCUCUCUACAUAGACAUAGUCAUGGCUAUUCUAGAGCUCACUGUGUAGACCAGGCUGGCCUUGAACCCCAAGUGCUGGGGUUAAAGGUGUGUGCCACUAUGCCCAGCGUAAGGCUGGGUGGUUUUGGAGAGGGAUUGGCCUCUCCACUCAGAUUCUGGCUUUCACUCUCUCAUCUGUGGGCCUGUUGGUUUAGUAAGAGAUAUAGAAUUAUGAAGCCUUUUACCUAAUUUAGACAUUAGGAAUUGAUGGUAUGCAUGAUUAAUUUAGGGACUUGUGAACAUGUGUGGUUUUUUUUGUUUUGUUUUGUUUUGAUUUGGAGUAAUUCUCAAAUACAAUUAUGUCUCUGCAGCCUAUGUUGCUAUGAAAUCUAGCCGCAUAGAAAGGCAUUAUUACCUCAUUUAGCAUAGGAUACCCUCAAGUGGUAAUAAGUUUUAUUUUCCAAAUUACCACUAGAGUGACUCUUAAGUAAACAGUAUGGAAAAUACUGCUUUAAAAAGCAAUCUUAAGAAAAAUAAAUGUUAUUUCCUAGAUACUAUGUAAAUAUUUCCAGGAUUUAGUUAUUAAUAACACAAAACACUGAUCUUUUCAUCUCACUGCUUUUUGAUUAGAUGAUAGUCCACUUACUAAAACUGUUACUUAGUAACUGUUUUCAGGGUGUGUUAGGAAAGGGGUGUGCUAGUAAGUAGAAUGUACUUCAUCCUUUGGAGCUUCUUGGUUUUUUUCAUGUGCUGUGUCAACCAGUUCAACAUAGGUAGUAAAAUUCUGCUCUCCUACAAAUUAGUGUAUCUUACUCUCAGAUCAUAGAGCAACAAGCUGCUUAAUAUUUACCUAAUAUUGAAACUGGAAAGGAGGCCUUUCAUUACAAGUUCAAACUUCAUUUUGAAUUAUAAACACUAAAAUGCCAUUAUUCCCUGAUAAAGAGAAAGAAGAAAUAUAUUCCAGAAAAAAGAAAAAAGAAAUAAAUGAAAGCAAAGCUCAUAGUCAAAAUAGCAACCUGCUGUUUCGAGCAAGCACUUGCUUAUGUUACUUUAUUUGAUUAACAACAAGUCUGCAGCUGACAAAAUGGCAGGUUGUUUCUCAAUUUCUUAGACUUUGACCAAAAAAACUAUAGCAAUGUAAAUUUGAAAAUAUAAUGAUCUUUAGAAGCACAGUAAAAGUACAUUUAAGCAGGAAAUGAAAGCUAAAUCAUUGUAAAUUCUUGGAGUUAUUUUCCUGUGACCUAAACAUUUUGUCCCAGGGCAAGCAAGAUAUCUGUUGGGUAAAGACACUCACCACCAAACUUGAUGAAUUGUUCCCAGUCCCUGGAACCCACUUGGUAGGAGGAGAAACCAGUUCCUGCAGGUUGUCCUCUGACCUUCCCAGGCAUGCCAUGGCACACACAUGUGCGUGCAUGUGUGGGUAGAAGUGAAAAACAGAUACUGCAACAGAUUUGGUUGUUGUGUUGUUAUGCGGUGUGCUUGUAGUAAACAGAACUCAAAAUGCAAAAUCUAGUCUUGGGUUACAUAGGUUUUGUUAGGGUACAAAUUGUCCUCUUUGAGAAAUGUCACAUAGCCAGAAGGCAAGAUCACAAAAGAUGGCAGGUUCUUUGUGACCGAGCAGGCAUUGACUCAGAAGCUGCUUUGUUCUCUUGAUGCUUGCUACAUCACCUCCAUUCCAUGGAAUAGUACUUCUCGCCCAUGUUUCUCUUUUGCAAAGUCGGCUCCCAUUUUUGUCUUUUUUCCUGUUAGAUCCAGUUGGGUAAUAAAUUGCAUGACCAGAAAGUCAUCCACAUUUUGGUUUGGGGCAAAUCUAUUGCAGGUUGUUUUUCGUUUUAUAUAAAUUUAAGAGUAUAUUUUUCUAAGUUGAAGAGAUGACUCACUAGUUAAAAACAUUGGCUGCUCUUCCAGGGGACCCAGGCUCAAUUUCCAGUACCCACAUGGCAGCUCAUAACUCUCUGUAACUCCAGUUCUGGGGAUCCCACACUAUUACAUAGACACACAUGCAGGCAAAAUACCAAUGCACAUAAAAAUAAUGAAUAAUUCAUUUAAAAACAACCUUUUUUCCAAAUUACUGAACUAAUACCUGGAUUGAAAUGUUCUCUCCCCAAAUCAAGUCAUAUUGUAGGUAUUUCAGAAAUGUUAUGGCCAUUCAAUAAGAUCAGUUAUUCAGAAUCUGUGUGUAACCACUGAUAAACACUAAAAAAGAACUCAUAUAUAAAUUUUAUAUAUAUAUAUAUAUACAUAUACAUACACACACACUCACAUAUAAGCAAUCUAAUUGACAGCAAUUUCAGAAAAUAACAGUCAUCCUCUCAGUUCUGUAAUUACACUCCUAGUUUGCAAAGUCUUUCAACCGAGUGUCCGUCCAUGCAUACAUACAUACAUACAUACAUACAUACAUACA